AUGCAACGAAAAGUCCAUUUGACCAAUUGCCUUCGCAAUGCUGCAUCACGAGCACUAAAGUCUUCGCAACAUCCGAGUCAAUUCAGCCGCCUUUCGCUUCGAUCACCAAGUACACCAUGGACUCAAGUUCCAAAGCAUCAAAAACGAUUUCUGUCCUCCGAUGUAGCAGGCACAGCAACACAGAAAAAGGUCAAAUCUGAUGAUACCAAUGUCUUUCUCGACAAUUUGGGAAAAAUUUUCCUCGCAACCAUUGCUGCCAUAGUUGGUGCCUUGAUUAGGAGUUCUUACAAUACCAGCAAUAGAAAUGCUGUUCGUGAUGAAAUCGAAGCUGUAUCAGCUCUCGAUCCCGUCGAAAUCGACGAGCUCCGAAUAGCAAAUUCAGUGCUUUCCCCUACAGUCUACAUGAACAUCGCAGAAGAUCUCUACGAGUGCUUUCCAACCGGCAGCUGUUCUUAUCAAGCAUUCACAAAUUCCGCUCGGAAAACCAUGAUGCAGCUAAAAGGUGAGGCGUUUACGAUCGAGCUUGGACAUCAAGUUGAUAGGGUUGUCGCCGACAUACUGGCGAAGAAAAAGGCUUCAGUGGACGAACAUUUACCUUUGAGUCUCUGGCUUGUCACUUUGAGUUUGGCACUUAAUAGCUCGAUAGACGACAGACUUCGCGUACUCUACAAGGUUUUGGAAAAGGAAGAACAACCGGUCAGAUUCCACCAGAUACCAGUCCUCGUCAGCAAUCUCCAGGACACAUGCCAGCUCCCCCCUGAUACUCAAGUUGUUUCAACGGCAACUAGUUUUCCGACACAGCAAUGGGAGAGGGGCUCCCCGUCACAACUUGUUCCAUGGGAAGGAGGUUAUGAUGACGUCAUAGACUUGAAUGGUAUGGCUGACAUAUUGAGGAGCAAAUCCGUUUGCGCUUGGGGUGAAUGCUACCACAAGAAAUCAUUCCAGAUUCGUAAAACUUGA